AUGUUGAUACGGCGCAUGCUCAUCACUGCUAGCGCCCCCCACAGUGCGGAGACUCCGAGCCCCAGCCAGUGCAGAACUGUGUCGACUCAUCACGUGAAGCCAGGUCAUGAGUCGAUUCAGGGCCCCAUAUGGCCUUUUGCGAUGGCCAGGAAUCGCCUGGGACUGCCUGAUGCGAGUCUGCAAAAACGCUCGUCGACAAAUGCCCAAGCCUGCCUCGAGGCCGCGUUGUGGGAGCUGGGCGAGCAGCCUCUGAGACACCGCCGUGCACUGUAUCAUUUGGCCCCCCAGCGUUUCGACACGCCUAGCCCAGCGCUUAGCGGGCUAGGACGGCCAGACAAGAUCCCCAAAGCACCAUCAGCCCGAGCUUCAACCUCCACGGCUCGCCAGCGUCGUGUGGAAUCGCCCAGGAUUGCGAGCUUCGAUCAUUUCACAGUAUGUUUCACAUCUGCCGCAGCGCGCACAGGGCCGGCCCAGGGCCAGGGGCUGCACCCCCCAGCCUCGCUUGGUCGUGCCAUGCCAACCCCCAAUUGGCGUGCUGGCCAAAGGAGCCACCUCAACAACAUGCUGACGAUUUUUUUGUGA